GAGGGAUGGCGCCCAGGCACACGCUCCCCAGCUGGACGUUGUUCCUGGCUGUUUGUGCUGUUGGAAUUGGAGGGACCUUUCAGUACGGGUAUAAUGUCUCUAUUAUCAAUGCACCCACGCAGGUAAAAGCUCAUCUUUUGUUCACUGGACUGUCUCCUCUAUUAAUUCAGCCAAGAGGUCAAACAUGAUUUUGCUGUGAUUGCAGUGGGAACAGAAGCAGUCUUCCUCUCAUAUGAAGGAAUCUUGUUAAUUUCCCAUGUGGUUUUAUGUGCAUUUGUUUGUGAGUACCUCCCAGCAGAGGUAUUCUGUGUCAGACAAAAGUGCCAAAUAGGCCCAUAAAUACCUUUAUUAUUAGAAGGAUUAACAGAAUAAGUAACAUAUUUUUCAGUUACUAAGGGUAACACUAACGGUAGAAUAGACCAGAACACUUUCAGUUGGAAGGGACCUACAAUGACCAUCUAGUCCAACUACCUGAUCACUUCAGGGCUGACCAAAAGUUAAAGCAUGUUACUAACAGCAUUGUCCAAAUGCCCUUGGAGCAUUGACCACUUGUCUAUGAAGCCUGUUCUUCUGUUUGACCACCCUUUCUGUAGGAUAUCACCACUGUUUCUCCAAAAGUCAAGUUUAAACCUCCCCUGACAGCUUUGAGCCAUUCCCAUUCUUUCUAUCACUGGAUAACAGGGAAGAAGUGAUAGUUACUAUUUGCAGGUAUCCAUCACAAGGCAGAUUACUGAAAAAGAUUUUAGGGAAUUAAACAGUUGCAUCUGUAGUGACUGAGUAACUUGUAUGUGUUUUCACUUGUUACUUGAGUGUUCUUUGCUGUGGUCCCCAGGAUUCUGCAUAUUUUGUGGAUGACUCAAAGAGCUGAGCAAAUGAUCUUGUGAAAGUGAUGGGUAUCAGUUUUUGCUACAAAGCUGAUUUAUUUUCUUGGGAAAUUGUGAAGACUGAAUUUGCUUCAAUGUUGUAUGCUUUUUACAAAGUUUGAAAGAAGCUGUUUGUGAAAGAACAUGUCAGGGAGAGUCCAAGAAGUUUGUCCUUCUGUAGUCUUUGUUUGCAGGCAAAGAACAGGAGCUUCUGAUUACAGAUACAUGCCAGUUCAAGAGUUUCUAAAGGCAAAUAUUAGAAAACCAAGCAUGUGGAAUAACAGCUUAAAAGUUCUGACACAUUAAUACUGUAAGAAAGGUGGAGUAUUAUUAAAGUUGAAAAAGGGAUUUUACUAUGACUCUUUGGAUUACACUAAGGCAGGGAGAUUUAGAUCAGUGUCAGAAUGAGUCCCCUGACUGCAAAAUUUUUUAGGUUGCAAGGCCUCAGUGCUCUGAGAUGUUCCUAAAAAUAGUAGGGCAAACCAUUCACCCUGUUCCCCUCCUUGUUCAGAAGGACCUCAGAGCUCUCUCGUGGCAGUGCAUGUCAGGGUUGUGUUUCUCCUUUGCUGCAGCACCUGAGGCAGGCACAAAGCAGAGCUGCUCAGCAGCUUUUGGCGUGUGUGAGGAGUAGCAAACACAAGAUCUUCCUUGUGGUCAAGGAAGAUUCUGCCAGUCAGAUGAUAUCUCUUAGAAUUAACUCCCAGAAUAGAUUUUCAGGAUUGGGGUGCAAGUUAUUUGUAGUGCUAUGUGUCGGGCUGUAUAAAAUGCUACACAUUCAUCACUCUUUUCUACUGCAGCAUAUACACAAGUUCUUAAACGAAACCUGGAGUAGUCGUUAUCACAAGGAACUAAAUCCAGAUUUGCUGACUUUUCUUUGGUCUGUCAUUGCUUCUAUCUUUUCCCUUGGAGGCCUGUGUGGAGCCCUGAUUGGAGGCAGCAUGGCGAUACGGCUGGGCAGGAAAGGAGCUCUUUUGAUGAAUAAUGUUAUAGCAAUUCUAGCCUCCAUUUUAAUGGGGAUCAGUUUCCCUACAGGAUUGUUUGAGUUACUGAUUGCUGGAAGGUUUUUGAUUGGCAUAAAUUCAGGUGUUGGGCUCUGUGUGCAGCCUCUUUAUAUUGGGGAGUUUGCCCCAAAGCACUUAAGAGGUGGCUUGGCCAUGGGGACUUCCAUCUUUCUGACUGGGGGAAUUCUGACAGGUCAAAUAAUUGGUUUGAGAGAAUUAUUAGGUGGAGAAAAGCAUUGGCCUCUGUUGCUAUCCAGCAGCUGUAUUCCAGCAUUAGCCCAACUUUUAUUCCUUCCAUGGUUUCCUGAAAGUCCCAGGUAUCUUCUUAUUGACAGAGGUGAUGAGCUGAGCUGUGCCAAAGCUUUGAAACGAUUUCAUGGCUCCUCAGAGUAUCGAAGGGAGAUGGAAGAUAUCCAGCGGGAAUGUUUUGCCUUAGAUGGGGAGAAACCCAAGAAGCCCUGGCAAUUAUUCACUGACCGUGGUGUGAGGUGGCAGCUCAUCACUGUCAUUGUGAUGACAAUGGGCCAACAGCUCAGUGGCAUUAAUGCUAUUUAUUUCUACGCAACUUACGUUUUUGAACAAGCUGGGAUCUUGGCAGAAAAAAUCCCGUAUGUGACACUGGGCACUGGAGUUUGUGAAUGUGUCACAGCCCUCUCCUGUGGUUUGCUGAUAGACUGUGUGGGAAGAAGAUGCCUUAUCAUUGGGGGUUAUCUCCUCAUGACGCUCUGGUGCACUGUUCUGACCUUCUCUCUGACUUACCAGGAGCUGUACUCCUGGGUGCCUUACAUGAGCAUGACGUGUGUAUUUGCCUUCAUCUUGAGCUUUGGGCUGGGCCCAGGUGGCAUAACAAACACCCUGACAGCUGAGUUAUUUGUACAGUCCUCACGUCCUGCUGCCUACAUGAUUGCAGGGACUGUGAGCUGGAUUAGUUUCUUCGCAGUUGGGAUGCUCUUUCCCUUCAUAGUGAAUGGACUGAAGCAGUAUUGUUUUGUGGUGUUUUUACUGGAGUGCUUCUUUGUUGCUGCUUUCAUCUUUCUCAUAAUUCCUGAGACAAAAAACAAAUCUUUUCUGGAGAUCAAAAAGGAAUUUCACAAGCUCAAUUAUGGAAGAAAUGCCAGGAAAAAGGAAACGGAGCUUUAUGAAAGAAGACAACUUCAAGAUGAAUUUUUAAAGAUUUCUGCAUAAUUUCACAAAUGCAACAGAACUUCAGUGAGAAUUAUGAACAUAGUCAUCUAAAUUAGGAGUAUAAUAUAUGAUCAAGUGGCUUAUUAAAUCUUCCUGUGUAUUUAGAGGAAGUAAGUUAGUAUUGCUGAUAUACUAUUAACAAUAUACUGUAUUAUCCACAGAGAACUUGAUGUUUAGCUGUAAUCUGGUGCUGUACAGAUGCAGAAAUGCCAGGGAGGAUGUUCAGUGAGCCUUUCUGGCAGAUUUCUGCAGAUAAUUCAGACUCCAAAGCCCUGUCUUCAGUUUGGAUCAUUUGGUGCAUACAAAUGCUUUGCUGAGUGUAACAUUCCAAGUUCUUGUUAAAACCGACAUGAGAACUGAGAACUGAUAUUUGAAAUACCCCAGUUUAUGCAGGAAGGGGGGUAUUUAGUUUCUGUUUUCCCAAUUAUGUAAUUUGGAAAGCCUUAAAGACAUUCCUCAUCCAGUCCCAUUACUGUACUGUACAAUGCAAAUACAGCACCUCUCUGAGUUACUGGUAUUUGUAAUAAAGACUUGUAUCCUGAUA